AUGGCGCCGGCACCACUUGACCGGCACGUGACCGUCGUGGAGCGGUGCGAGGUCUCGCCGUCGCCGGCGCGGGCGGCCGGGCAGCCGUGUGCGCUGCGACUCACCUUCUUCGACCUUGCCUUCUGGGACUUCCCGCCCGUGCAGCGCCUCUUCUUCUACGACCACCACAGCACCGACAGCCUCCUGGACGUCCCGGGCUUUCUCCGCCAAGAGCUGCCCCUGUUCAAGCAAUCCCUGGCCGCCGCGCUGCACCGUUUCUACCCGCUGGCCGGGAGGCUCGCGCCCGAGCUGCCGGCCGAUGCGCCAGAGGUCGUGUGCUCGGACGGCGACUCUGUUCGCCUCACGAUCGCCGUCGCCGCCGGCAGCGACGACUUCCAAGACCUCGCGGGCGACCACCCGCGCGACACCGCGAGGCUCCGGCCCCUGCUGCCAACUCUGCCCAAACACGCCGUGUUCGCCGUGCAGGUCACCGUGUUCCCUCGCGCCGGCAUCUGCAUCGGUACGACGCUGCACCACGCCGUGGCCGACGGCUCCAGCUACGUGCACUUCGUCAAGACGUGGGCCGCCAUCCACCGCGGCAAGAAGGUGGUGGACCUCGCGCCGCCGCUGUUCGACCGCGGCGUCGUGCGCGACGACGGUGGGCUCCGUGAGGCGUUCGUCCGCGACCACCGCGCCCUAGCAGCGGCCGGCGACGGACGCAUGCACGACUGGGACCUCAGCAGGCGGCCGCCGGGCGCCGUCGUGCUCGCGACCUUCCGGUUCACUGACGAGCUGCUCGGCCGGUUGGGGAAGCGCGUCGAGCCGGAGACCUCGGCGCGGCGGUGCUCGCCGUACGCGCUGGCGUGCGGCGCCGCGUGGGCCGGCAUCGUGCACGCGCGCGGCGGCAACGGCAGCGGCGCGGCCCACCGGUUCGGGUUCGUGACCGUGGCCGGGUCGCCGAAGAUGGGGAUAUACGCGGCGGCGGACCUGGGCGCGCCGUGGGGACGGCCGCGGAAGGUGGAGAUCGUGUCCGUGGAGCGGACGGGCGCGCUGGCGCUUGCUGAGAACCUGGACGGCGGCGGCGGCAUCGAGGUCGGGGUGGCGCUGCCGCGCGGGGAGAUGGACGCAUUCCGCGCGUUCUUCUGCGACCUCGUCGCCACAGCGGCCUUCCGGGACCGGGACUGA